CCAAUAGGCAUUAGGCAAUAACUUGACUGUGGCGCUCUCAAGUAUUUUUAAGAAAAGUUGAAAUGAAAAUAAUGUUGUAAAAUUAUUUAUGUACUUCUAUUGUGAAUUUUAUUAAUAAUGACCUCAAAAAUGUACUGCAAUUAAAACAGUGUAGUGAAUUCCAUCAAAGUACGACUUAUGUUAUUCCAAGACGUGGCGUUAGACAGUACAGGACGCAAACAAUGCUAAUGGAGGACAGGAGCAAGGUGGUCAUUGAAUAGGUAGAUAAAACGAGCAUGCAGUCAUCGGACAUGGUGCCAGUGUCAGUAAACUCCAGCAUGGCUGGCUCCAUUCCCAACGUGAUGACUAUCAACAAGCCGGGAGGACAGAAUGUAGUGGUCACAACUCAGAAUCUUGGCACAGGACAACAAGCUAUAUUGCCAAAUGUUCAAAUUUUAAAUAUGAGACCAGGGGCUCCAACGGUUGCUGCCCAGAAGUCUGUGGCGACCGUGUCCCCUCGUGUCGUCAUCGGAACUCCCCAAGUAGUUGGGACUAGAGCUACUGCUCCAGGUAUUACACUUCAAACACUGCAGAGUCUCCCACAGGGGCAGCAAGGCCACUUAUUGCUAAAAACUGAAAAUGGUCAAUACCAGUUACUGAGAGUAGGGCCGGCGCCCACUGGUGGAACGCUUACUACGCAGCAACCUCAGACUUUGCGACUUUCUACUGUACCGACACAUUCAGGUGUAGCCACAGUAUCCACGAGCGUUGCAGCGCCAGGGCCGAUGAGUGGGCAGAUACAAGCUGGACAGAUGGCUGCUCCAGUUGCAGCAACACCUGUUGUCUCAAUGGCCACAACGGUACCGCAGCAGCCCGCAGUUACAACUCAAAAACCACUAGACAAUACAAAAGAGAAAUGUAGAAACUUCCUUGCCAACCUUUUAGAUUUGUCCAGCAAAGAACCUAAGUCAGUUGAACGUAAUGUUCGGAACCUUAUUCAAGAGUUAAUAGAUGCUCAAGUGGAACCAGAAGAGUUUUGCGACAGGCUUGAGCGACUUCUAAAUGCCAGCCCUCAGCCUUGUCUUAUUGGAUUCCUUAAGAAAAGUCUGCCCCUGCUACGACAAUCUCUUGUCACCAAAGAAUUGGUAAUUGAAGGCAUAAAUCCACCAUCACCUCAGGUUGCCUUCAACACUAUGUCAGUGCCUGCACCUCAGCCUGUGUCAGCCACAACUUCUAUACCCAUACAAAAGCCACUUCCAACUGCAGGAAAUACGAUAGCUGUACUGCAGAACAUUCCUGUGCACACAAAAAUCAAUGUGACCAAGGCUGGGAAAACCAUGACAGUGAACAGCAAAUCUAAUUUUGCAAGACCAGCAGCCUCUUCAUCUUCCGGCCUUUCCACAGUUCUAACUGCUAGCAAAUCUCUUCUGAAAGAAAAGGAGAAAAAGACAUCUGCCCAGUUUACCUCGCAACCAUUCGUUGAUGAUAAAAUGGCCGGUGAUGACGAUAUAAAUGACGUAGCUGCUAUGGGUGGUGUCAACUUGGCUGAGGAAUCACAAAGAAUUCUAGGCUCUACCGAAAUGAUUGGAACACAAAUCAGAUCUUGUAAAGAUGAGUACUUAGUGCCUUCGAGUUCGAUGCAAGCGCGGUUGAAGUUGAUAACUGCAAAACAUGGUCUUGAGGAUCCAUCCGCGGACGUCGCUGCGCUCAUCAACCACGCCGUACAGGAGCGCCUGAAAAACUUAAUAGAAAAGUUAGCUGUCAUCGCGCAACACAGAAUCGACUCGCAAAUAAAAACGGACCCUCGAUACGAAGUUUCACAGGACGUGAAGGGACAAUUAAAAUUCCUAGAGGAACUAGAUAGGGUCGAUAAAAAGCGGCGCGAAGACUCCGAGCGCGAGAUGUUGCUCAGAGCUGCCAAAUCUAGAUCUAAAAAUGAAGACCCAGAACAAGCUAAGCUCAAAGCUAAAGCCAAGGAGAUGCAGAGAGUAGAAUUGGAAGAAUUGAGGCAACGCGAAGCGAACCUGACGGCUCUGCAAGCUAUCGGUCCUCGCAAAAAGCCUCGUACUGAUGGACCAGGUGGUUCCGGUGAUACUGCUCUCCCGUCAAACUCGCAAGGUCCUACUGGACUAGCUGGUCGUAGUCAACUAGCUCUCCGCACACGGCUGAAGCGUAUCAACCUGCGGGACAUGCUCUAUCUCAUGGAGCAGGAAAAGGACACUGCACAUUCUCUCUUGUUGUAUCUCAGUUACUUGAAAUGAAAUAUUGGACUUUCAUUAUAAUACUAGAUGAUGCCAGCGACUUUGUCAGUAUGGAUUUAGGUUUAAUGAAAAUCCUAGAGAAUUCUUCGAUUUUCCAGAAGAAAAAGUAGCAUAUGUCCAUAUAAGUAUGGAAUGCAAACUAUCUCUGUACAAAAUUUCUUCAAAAUCGGUUAAAUAGAAGGACCGUGAAACGCUACAGAUACGUUUUCGCAUUUAGAAUAUUAGUAUGGAUUUAUUAAAUCAAGUCCAUAACACCGAUUUUAUCUUGUGCAGUUAUUACGAAUUCUACGUCUAUGAUCUCGUGGUUAGUACGUAAUGUGUAUUUCCUUAUUUAGUAUUGAUUGAUGUGUAGGUGAUUUUUAUUUUACUACAAAUUUUUUUUAAAAGGGACCUAUAUGGUAUCACUGUCUGUCACACCUGCUUAUUUCACUUACUACUCAUGCUAUCGACUUGUAAAGAAUAGUUUUUUAUAAUGUUUGUUUGACCUUAUUGUAAAUG